UGUUUAUCUCUUCUCCACCGUUGAGCCAAAGUUAAGAUAUCCACCGUUAAAGUUAAAGCCACUUUAUAUAUCCCAAGAAAAUAGGUGACCUUGUUACAGAGCAAGAUCAGAGAGAAAAAUAUCGCAAAACCAAAAAAACAAAACAGAGCAAGAAGAAGAAGAAGAAGAUGUCUUCAAGCACAUUCUCCGGGACCGUGAGCACGCCGAAGCUUUCGGUGGCUGUUGACAUGGGAAACCCUUUUCUCAAUCUCACCGUCGAUGCUUUCCUCAAGAUCGGAGCUGUUGGAGUCACUAAAUCUAUUGCAGAAGAUACUUACAAGGCCAUCGACAAAGCUGCAAAAUACCAUCUUUUACUCCAUGGUUCGUUUAUUGUAGGGAGUCUCUCCAAGAGCACUUUGGAGAAUGGGCUUAAGAAGUUGUGCGCCGAAGGUGUUUACUGGGGAGCUGCGGCUGGAGUUUAUGUUGGUGCAGAGUAUGGUAUCGAACGUGUUCGUGGCACCAGAGAUUGGAAAAACGCAAUGUUAGCAGGUGCGGCGACAGGAGCAGUGCUCUCUGCAGUUGGCAAGAAAGGCAAAGACACUGUUGUGAUCGAUGCCAUUCUCGGUGGCGCGCUUGCUACCGCUUCUCAGUUCCUUAACAAUCAUUAUUUCUAUUGAUUUUCUUCACAUCUUCAUAUAGGGAACCAAUUUGGUCUUCCAAAGUUUGGUUCAUAUGGUGGAUGGAUUCCCUUUGUCUUUACUCUUUCAAUAAAAAAAACAAUGUAGGGUUUUCUGAAUGAAUACAUUUUGAGUAUUGUGAACGUUAA